UGCUUAUAUAAUCAUAGGUGAAAAAAGACACCGCAGGUUGUACGACCUACGUCCGUACAUCCCGCGUGUCCGGCGAGGCUACAGGAUGAAACGAUCCGCCUUGAGCAACUCUAGAGACCCUAAUUUAUUCUUACUAUUUGGCAGUCGUGUUGCGUAAUAUCAUGAGUAUGGACUACUAUUAUCGUCCUCGUCACAUGAAGAUCUCCAAUGGCUGUUGGACCUGCCGACUCCGGCGCAAAAAGUGCGAUGAGAAUCACCCCACAUGUCAUGUCUGUCUCGCACUCCACAUCACCUGCUACUUUGACAAGGCGAAGCCGGAGUGGAUGGAUGGCGGCGCCCGACAGGAGGAGAUGGCCGAGCGGCUCAAGCGCGAGGUGAAGGAAAAGGCCCCCCGCCGACGAGGGGAGCGCGCGGUCCAAGACUCUGGCGACCGUGGCUUAGAGACGGAAGCCGAUCUAUCCAUGGCAAACCCGGACAACGACAUCCACAACGAUGUGAUACAAGUGGAAAUUGAGCCGAGCCCCGGCUUCAAAGUCACAUCCGCUACUAUCAAGCUCCCGCAGCGCGGGGCUGAUUGCAAGCUUAAGCAGGCGCGCGAGAGCAUAGCCUUCGGCAGGUCUGACACUAUCCUCCUCACGUUCUAUCUCCAACACUUGUUCCCCUUCUUGUUUCCGUUCUACCAGCCCUCCCUCCUCCACCAAGGCGGACGGGCAUGGGUCUUGGAGAUGAUGAUCAGCAGCCCAGUAGUGCGCCAGGCCACGCUAUGCCAGAGCUCGUACUUCUUCUCUCUGGCGCAGGGAAUGGCCAACUGGGAGGCGGUUCUCGCGCAGACCCGGGGCGCCUUUGGGAUACUGAGGCAGUCGCUGCAGGUCAUCGACGGCUCGGGCAACAUCACCGAGCAUCUGCACGGCGCCGUGCGCAUCAUGGCGGGCAUCAUGCAAGUGCAACGGUUCGAGAUUGCCGUUCUGAGCUUCAACAACUGCCAGGCGCACCUCAACGCAGCGCUGGCCCUUUUCCGACAACUCCUCGACAGCGGCAGUACUGGCGCUGUCGGACUUACGACCAGUUUCAAUACGAACUUCAAUGACGUUCUCUGUCGCCUAGGGCCAUCGUCGUGGAUUCUGUCUGGUCAGGAUAUCGAAGUCCCGAGCGCUGAGCAGGCCGCCUUCCGCUUCUCGUCCGCGCUUUUGAUCUUUGAUGACAUUAUUGCCAGCACGGUACUACAGGAGCAACCCAGGCUCUACGAUUAUUAUCGCAGUCUUCUGGGUACUGUCGACAGCAUCUACGAGCCCCCCAUCAAUCUCGAGGCUGUCGUAGGGUGUCAAAAUUGGGUAUUGCUGCAGAUCGCCGACAUCGCCGUGCUGGACGCAUGGAAGCAGAGAUGCAAAGGGGCCGGGAAUCUCGACGUUAUGGAGCUGGUCCGCCGCGCCACGGCCAUCAAGGACUCAUUGGAAAUCCAUCUCACGCGGCUUGAGACUGAUCCAGUCGUUCUGAGCGGUGCUGGUAACAACAAGGGCAGCAGCCUGCUGGAUGUCUUCACAGCUGGCAGCGACGAUCCAGGAACACCCGCCAGCCAGAGGUCCUUGGUCACCCGCGUCUGGGCUCAUGCAGCGCUCGUCUAUCUAUUCGUAGUCGUGUCCGGAUGGCAGCCCGCAAGCGCCGACAUCCGUUACCACGUUUCUCGCAUCAUCGAGCUGCUGACGCGUCAGAUAUCGCCGCCGGCGUUGCUGCGGACAAUGGUGUGGCCCUUCUGCGUGGCGGGCUGCCUUGCGGAACCGGCGCAGGAAGCCCAUUUACGUGCCAUAGUAGAGGUUCUACAGCCGCCCAGCGUCUUCGGCACGGCACGCAAGGCGCUUGAGAUCAUGGAGAAAGUGUGGCGAAGCCGGGACGCUGGAGGAGACCUUGCGAGUCACGACCUCGCUACGUGCUUUAGGAGCCAAGGGGAUCUGGUGUUGCUUGUCUAGAAGGCAAGACAUGUGGCAUGUGGAAGUUGGGGGGGACGGGGUUCGGGCACGUCUCGUGUAGAACAAAACUUGGGAAGACACCUCUUCUGGAGGGCAAAUGAGAAAACACCUCUGUUGUAUUUACGGUCUAUUAGACAUGAUAUUGGGAUUUUACAGAUGAAUCCUUGCGAAUGAUGUUGGACCUUCAAGGCUACUACAUCAAGACUGCUAGUCUUGGAGGGACAUAUGGCCACGCACCGUACGUUAUGGGCCAAUAUGACCA